GAACUUCCAGCACACAGGCCUUCGUACAGACGACACUAGGUUCGCUAGUGUACUGUUUACAGGCGGCGAUAAAGAACAGUAGGAUGCGCGAUUAGUCAAGCUGAGCGUGUUGAGUCGCUUCGAAAGUAGGUAUUUGAGGACUGGAACUAGGCUGUUGUGUACUCUGAGAUAGUGGCCCCAGGAAUGUCUUAAUAUACCGGCAGAAGUGCCAUGUGAAGUGUUGCAACGACUUGUUAUUGUUUGCGAGCCGCAGCUGUGACGUUUGGAACUUGGAUGUAUCUUAGACGUUAUCUCAAGUUCGCUUACGAACCUGUUGCAGAAUUAUUUAAACGAAACAGUACUAGUCCCAUCUUUGAAUGUUCACGGGUCUCCUGUAAAUAGCUGCACCUAUGGCUUACUAUUCCAGACUCGCUGCUCUCGGCUACAAGAGACCGAGCUACCACAGACGCCCCGGGUCCGAGCCCCUGCUCGCCCUCACAGUGGGUCAGCUCGUGGACUGGGCUGCCGAGGAGUAUGGCCACAGAGAAGCAAUGGUCUCUGUGUAUGAGGGCACUCGGUGGACCUACCAGGAAGUCAGGGACCAGGCUGACCGUCUGGCUGCUGGGUUCCGGGAGCUGGGCCUGGCUGUUGGAGACAUGAUCGCCUUGUGUGGCUACAACUCCACCUACCACUACCUCACAGCCUUGGCUGCAGCCAGAGCAGGCCUCCUACUGGCCAAGGUCGAUCCAAGCUGUCAGGCACCGGAGCUACUGCACUGCCUGAGAAAGGUGGGUGCCAGGCUGCUGCUGGCGGGGAACGACUACUACCCUUUGGUGCUGAGUCUGGCUCCAGAGCUGGAGCACAGUGUACCAGGGCAACUGUUCAGUGAAGCGCUGCCCUCACUCACCACCUUGGUGCUGGCAGGAGACCAGUCACAACCAGGCGCGUACCUUCUUAAAGAUGUUCAAAAAAUGGCCACGUCAGACGGCAUCAAGAGAAUACGCGACUUGCAAGAAUGUAUUGACCCUGAUAAUGCUGUUUUUAUUCAUUACACUUCAGGAACGACGGGAUCUCCGAAGGCCGCAGUUCUCAGUCACCACUCCGCUGUCAACGCGUCAAAGUUCCUCGAGAGAUGUUUGAAUCCAGAGAGAAAGAUACAUAAAAGCUUGGUUCAAAUGCAGUGCUGUCACGUGGGCGCUACUUUGAAUGGAGUUUUGGCCGGUCUCCACGGCGGCAUAGCCGUGGUCUUUCCUUCAGCAAAAUUUGAUCCUUGUCUGUCAAUCACAACUAUGGAAGAGGAGAGGUGCUCAUUACUCCUAGGAACACCUGCGAUGUAUGUGGACCUAGUAAACAAAGUUCAAGAGCUUGGAGUUACCUUGACACAGCCACAAGUAGCGCUAAUUACUGGUACGAUAGUGUCAGAAGUCAUUGCUCGUCAAAUAAUCAAGGUCUUGCAUCUGAAGAGAUUUGUGCCGUUAUACGGAAUGUCUGAAGGGGUUCCGUUUUUCAUUUCUGGCCCCGAAGACACACUGGAACAGUCCGUCCAGACCACUGGAAGAGCGGCUGCUGACAUUGAGGUUAAAGUCGUGGACAGUAGCGGCACCAUGGUGCCAGUUGGGACGCCUGGAGAACUGUGGAUACGAGGAUACUGCCUGAUGAGAGGUUACUGGAACGAUGAAGAGAAAACCAAGGAGACUAUCACAAAAGACGGGUGGCUCAAAACAGGGGAUCGUGUAAUCCUGGACGAGGAUGGAUUUUGCAAAGUAGUUGGCCGGAUAAAGGACGUAAUAAUAAGAGGCAGUGACAACAUAUUCCCCAGGGAGGUUGAAGAGUUUUUCCUUACUCAUCCUGAUGUCGCAGACGUUCAGGCAUUUGGUGUGCCUGAUGCAAGGUGGACGGAAGAAGUUUGCGUGUACAUUAGACAGAAACCAGGUUCGAAAAUUGACGAAAGGCAACUGAAGUCAUAUUGCAAGGGAAAGGUCGCUGACUUCAGGAUACCCAGAUAUAUUCGCUUCGCUACGGAGUUCCCUCAGAACAUGGUGGGAAAAGUUGACAAGAAGAAAAUGCGACAGGAUUUUCUGCAAGAUAAUGAGUUCCUGAAGAACAACGAAGCAUUAAUGAAUAAAUUUUUCGAGGGAAAUUGUGAUAAUAAACAGAACAUAUUGCAAUAGUUCAAUUUGAGAAGAAGUAAAAUAAACUUUAAACUGUUGUUCUCUAUUGCCUUGUGUUCAGCACUCAUUAAAUAGAUUGAAUAGAACA